GCGCGCUACGAAAACAAAAACUUCCCGUCACACUCGUCAUUUUUCGACUCAUCUUUCUGCAAACUGACUAAUCAAAAUUUUCUCAAACUCCUUUCCUAGUUUUGCCGUGUGUAUGUGGCAAGAUGAGUGAUAAUGCAGAAAAAUUGGCGCAAUUCAAAGCUGUUACAGGCACUAACGAUGAACGCGCUCGUUUCUUUUUGGAUUCGGCGACUGGAAAUUUAGAGAUGGCACUGGCUAGUUUUUUUGACGGCGAUGGUGAACAGGAAUCCAACUCUGACAUGGAAGUCAUUGAUGAUCAGCCAGAGAGUCAGCAACCAAGUGCAGCCAUGAGUAAAGGCAGGCCUCAAUCGAAAAAACCGAGUUCUAAGUUUGCUACUAUUCAUUCCUUGAAUCAAUCUAGUGAUGAUGAAGAAGAAGGGCAAGCUUUCUAUGCUGGUGGGUCUGAACAUAGUGGACAACAGGUUUUGGGGCCUAAAAAGAAAGAUUUUGUACAAGAUAUGUUUAAAUCAGUUAAAGAGCAUGGAGUAGAAGUACUUGAAAGAUCUGCUCCUGGUGGAAGUAGAGGAAAAGCUUUCCAAGGGACAGGAUACAAGUUAGGACAGACCAAUGAAGAUACAGAGGAGGUGCCUGGUACACCCAGACCUCCACAACCUGCACAAGUCACAUUGAAGCUGUGGAAGGAAGGUUUUAGUGUGGAUAGUGGUGAUUUAAGGCUGUACACUGAUCCUGCUAAUCAGGAAUUUUUAAAUAGUGUUCGUCGUGGAGAGAUUCCCCGCGAAUUACAUAGGGGGGCAAGUGAGGUUCAUGUUAGUAUGGAAGACCACCGCAUGGAGACAUUUGUUCGAUCAGGCGAAACACAGUCUAGGCAUGUUUUCCAAGGUACUGGUCACACUCUUGGAAGUCCUGUUCCUCUCACUGUUGGUGCCCCAAGUGCUGAGGAUUCUGCUGUGAACGAAGACAACGCCAGGGUGAUUUUGAACGUGGACAAAUCGCAACCAACAACUAAUUUGCAAAUAAGAUUGGCAGAUGGUUCACGCCUCGUAGGUGAAUUUAAUCACACUCACACCGUGCAAGACGUGCGUAACUAUAUUGUAUCAGCGCGGCCACAAUACGAGACGAGUACCUUCUCACUGAUGACAGCGUAUCCAUCGAAGGUACUGGAUGAUGACCAAACACUCAGCGUAGCCGGCAUUUUAGGUUCCGCCAUUAUUCAGAAACUCACCUAAAUUAUCGUUUCGCGAUACGUUAAAGCGCACUUUUGUUAAUGUAUGAUUCUAGACUAGUAAUUUUCUAAAGAUAAAAUCAAUAAUUAUCGAGCGAA